AUUUUUUAAAUUUUAAUUGUUUAAAUUUUAGAUGUGGUUUUAAAUUGGGGUUUUAUUAUUUAUAUGUCUAUUUUAAAUAUUCGGCCUAUUUAAUAAGUUUUUUAGACUAAUGUUUUACUUUGUAUAUUUAUGUUGUUUUUAGAUGACUGUACACCGCCCUGAGUCCCUAGGGAGAUAGGGCAGUAUAAAAAUAUGAAUAAAUAAAUAACUAAAUAAGAAUCCGCAUAUAGACGAGAGAUCUAAUGACUAGCCUUGUGGUGCAACCAAAACAAUCUGGAACUGAAUACGCUCAAAACCGUAGAAAUGGUGGUAGACUUUAGGAGAAACCCUUCCAUACUUUCACCUCUCACAAUACUAGAUAACACAGUAUCAACAGUAGAAACCUUUAAAUUUCUAGGUUCUAUCAUAUCGCAAGAUCUAAAAUGGACAGCUAACAUCAAAAACAUCAUCCAAAAAGGAUAACAAAGAAUGUUCUUUCUGCACCAAUUCAGUAAGCUCAAACUGCCCAAGGAGCUGCUGAUUCAGUUCUACAGAGGAAUUAUUGAGUCUGUCAUUUGCACCUCUAUAACUGUCUGGUUCGGUUCUGCAACCCAACAAGAAAGACACAGACUUCAGAAGAUCAUUAGAACUGCAGAAAAAGCAAUUGCUACCAACCUGCCUUCCAUUGAGGACCUGUAUACUGCACGAAUCAAGAAGAGGGCCGUGAAAAUAUUUACAGAUCCCUCACAUCCUGGACAUAAACUGUUUCAGCCCCUACCCUCAAAACGACGCUAUAGAGCACUGCACACCAGAACAACUAGACACAAGAACAGUUUUUUCCCGAAGGCCAUCACUCUGCUAAACAAAUAAUUCCAUCAAUACUGUCAGACUGUUUACUGAAUCUGCACUACUAUUAAUCGUCUCAUAGUUCCCAUCACCAAUCUCUUUCCACUUUUGACUGUAUGACUAUAACUUGUUGCUGGCAAUCCUUAUGAUUUAUAUUGAUAUAUUGACCAUCAAUUGUGUUGUAAAUGUCGUACCUUGAUGAACGUAUCUUUUCUUUUAUGUACACUGAGCAUAUGCAACAAGACAAAUUCCUUGUGUGUCCAAUCACACUUGGCCAAUAAAAAAAAUCUAUUCUAUUUUAUUCUAGAGCAGAGUUGCAGCCAGAAAUGGAGAAGUCCUAAAUCCAUUACUAUUGUUUCAGUAUUUUUUUCCUUUGCUUAAUAUUGUCAAAAUCUGCCUUUCCACCCUGCUUCCCAUUAUGUCUUGUAUGUGAUAACCGAGAAACAAAACCAUAAGGAGAACAGGAGAAUGAUGCUGAAUUAGAAAAUACAACUCAUGGGCUCUUUGUCCUAAUUUUGUGGUGAUCUUUCCUUGCCUUUCCUCAUGUUGGCCAUCUUUGCCCUCAAACAGUUGUGUGAAGAAAGUGUUGCUUGAACUCAGAAUAGUUCUAGCAUUCUGGAAAUAUGCAUACCUUUAUAUCUGUUCCGACGUUUGUCCACUCGUGGAGUGUUGAAGCAAGUAGUUUUAUUAAGGAAAGCAGUGGAAGGGAAAUGUGGAUGCAUAUUAAGUUCCUCUAGCUAGCCAGCCUACUGGCCAACCAAGGUAAUCCUCAAUUUACAAUCAUUUAUUAAGUAACCAUUCAGUGUUACAAUGGCACUGAAUGAUGAUUCUGACUUCCUCCCUCCCUCCCUCGUUAGGUUCCUUCCCUGCCUCCCACUUCCCUCCCUCCCUUCUUUCCUUGUCCCAAGUUAGGGACACUCCAGAGAUUCAGAAUGAGAAUCACUCCAGUGUGCUAAGAUUACAAAUGAUCAAUCAAGCAGGGAGACCUUUGAAAGUUUUUGGGGUCCCGUGCCUCUGCCUGUGCUGCCCGCAGUAGUCCCAGUUGCUGCAAGCAAGCAGCGAGAAUGUCGAGAGCAAAAAGUGGGACUCGCCUAUUUGGGGCAAGUUUUAACAAGCCGAUUGAUUCUGCAGAAGUUUCAGUGCCUUUCAGGAAUGUAAUCCCACUUCUGGACCAAUUGAUCUAUCGCUCUAUCUAUCAUUUAUUAACCUGAGCUAUUGCCCCCAACAAUCUGAGUCCUCAUUUUACAGACCUCAGAAAGAAGCAUGGAAGGCUGAGUCAACCUUGAGCUACUGAGACCUGAACUGUCAAAGUGCUGGCAGCGGGUGAUCAGCAGAAGUAGCCUGCAGUACUGCACUCUAACGCCUGCGUCACCAAGGUUCUUAUAUAUACCAGCCACAAAGCUUUAUAGCAAUCUUUGAGCAGUUUACAAAGUCAGCAUAUUGACCCCAGAAAUCUGCUCCUCAUUUUAUCAAACAGAAAGAUUAAAGGCUGAAUCAACUAUAAGCUGGUCAGAUCGAACUCAGCUUUCAGGUUUUCCUCCAUUUUGGAAAUAUUUUUCUUUUCUCUUUCUCUUCAGAGCCUUUCCGCGGGCACAAGAGACGGGUCGCCCGGGGUGUUCAUCAGAAUUGGCUGGAGGGGUCUCUGCCCUUUCUGCUUCCCUCCUUCAAUGUGAGGCUGAGGGAAUAAUUUGAGAAGGGCAUCUGUAUGUAUUCAAUGAAAGAAAUAAAAAACAAAUGUAUGAAAACCAUUUUCCUGAUUGUGGCUUCCCUGCCUGUGUCCCACCUUUCUCCACUUAGGACGGGACUUCACAACAACCGCAAGACACAAGUUGUGCUUCCCAGAGAGCCUCCUGGUCCUCCUCCUCUGACCGCCUGACUGUUUCUGACAGGAUUUGGACCAGUGGUGGGUUACUACAAGUUUGCCCUGGAGAUUCCAUCCAACUGCCUUCACCACAAACAUUUCCUGGGCAGGAAGGAGAGGAAGGCGGCGAGGGGACUUUCCUCCUACUCCUAUGACCAUCAUCCCUGCCCUUCCCUCAGAGACGCUCCUCUUUCCCGCGCUUUGCAGGGAAUCCUGUAGAUUUACGCGGAAUCCACGAGGGGGCGCCUUCUGCCAAGAGAAGGGAAAAUCAGGGACUUCCCCAUUGGCCCACCGGAGGACGAAAGACACGCCUACCUUUGGAGAGGAGGCUGGGAAGGAAAUGACAUCAUAGAGCCUUGCCCCUCUAGGACCUCACACUCGGUCCCCUUAACCCCUGGGGCUCCGCGGAGGCGGAGAGGCUGCGGGAGAGUCUGGCGGGGAAGAUCCUGAUGUGUCCCGGAUACGGAAACUGGAAGCCAUGUGACAUCUUUGCGAGCCAAAAUUUUCUCUUGGAGAAAAAAAAAGAGCAGAAUAACUUGGAGGGAUCAGAGUCCUGAGGCACCAGAACUGGUCUCGUGAAGGAAAAGGCAUCUGGAGACCCAGAAGAGUCCUUGGAGCCAUUUGGAGUUGCUCUGCAGGAGAGAGAAAGGAUGGAGACACAACCUUUGGGAAAGGAGGGAAGCGGAAAAGGCCCUUCAGCUGCUCAGCCUGGGAAGCUCUGGACAAGGACUGGGCAGAAGAUCCUGGAGGAGGAAACAAUCUUCCCUUCAGAAGUUCAGCCCUGGAACUUCAACCAAUACCGGGAGGCUGACGGUCCCCGAGGACUUUGCAGCCGACUCCAUGACUUUUGCAGGCGAUGGCUGAGACCAGAAAAAUACAGCAAAGCCCAGAUGCUGGACCUGGUGGUUCUGGAGCACCUCCUGUUCCUUCUGCCCCCAGAAAUGGAGGGCUGGGUGAGGGAAUGUGGAGCAGAAACCAGCUCCCAGGCGGUGGCCCUGGCUGAAGGCUUCUUCCUGAGCCAGGUAGAGGAGCAGAAGGAGCAGGUCGACUUGCAGGGCUGCACUGUGGAAAAAAGAGAUCCCAAGGGAAAGAAGAAUCCAUCAAAUCCCCCUCAGGAGUUAUUUUUCAGGAGGAUCCCUUGGGUAGAUCAAAGUCAGGAAACCUCAGGAGAGAAACAAAGCAUGAAGUUUUCUGGUUUUUACGAUGGAGCUCAAGCAGUGGUUGAACCUCCAAAUCAAGAGAGUCUUGUGUCCUUCGAGGAGGUGGCUGUGUAUUUCUCUGAGGAGGAAUGGUCUCAGCUGGAUCCUGACCAAAAAGCGCUGCAUUCAGAAGUCAUGCUGGAAAACCAUAGAAACGUGGUCUCUCUGGGUAAUAAUGGGCAGGAGAAUCAAGACUCCUAUGAACUGUUCCAAGUGAUCAAUGCCAAAGAUGAAAUGGAGAACUUUGGAAUUCAAAUGGAAUCAGAAAGCCAUGAGAGAAACCAGUCAAAUAAUUGGAAUCAGGAUAGCUCAUCUUCCACUGAUGCUCCGAUGCAAGAGAAAAUUAGGAAAGAAUAUAUUUGCAAAAGUAUGAAACAAAUAGUAUUAACCCAAAACAAAGGAGAAGAUGCUAUGAGCCAGAACGGAAAGAAUUACAAUGGGACAUUGAUUCUUUCUCUUCAAAAUAUCUUCCUUACAUCUCAAAAAAUGAUUCACACGAAAAAGGAGCCUUAUAAAUGUUUGGUAUCUGGAAAACAUUUUAGAUCAAGCAGGCAACUUACUUCCCAUGAAAGGAUUCACACUGCAGAGAAACAGUGUUCAGAAUCACCUGUAGCCCAUGCAACCCAGUCCCUCCAAGCAGCAGGAGAGAAACCCUAUAAAUGCAUGGAGUGUGGGAAAGCCUUUAUUUGUAGCAGGGAACUUACUCUCCACAAAAAGCUCCACACAGGAGAGAAACCAUAUAAAUAUGUGACAUGUGGAAAGACCUUUGCUCAGAAUAGUGGACUUACUAUGCACAAAAAGAUCCACACAGGGGAAAAGCCAUUUAAAUGCAUGGAGUGUGAAAAGACCUUUGCUCGAAGAGAUAAUCUUAUUUCCCAUAAGAUGAUCCACACAGGGGAGAAGCCGUUUAAAUGCAUGGAGUGUGGAAAGACCUUUGCUCGAAGAGGUCAUCUUAUUUCCCAUAAGAGGAUCCACACAGGGGAUAAGCCGUUUAAAUGCAUGGAGUGCGGAGAAACCUUUACUCAUAAAAGUAGUCUUAUUUCCCAUCAGGUGAUCCACACAGGGGAGAAGCCAUAUAAAUGCAUGGAGUGCGGAGAAACCUUUACUCAUAAACGUAGUCUUAUUUCCCAUCAGGUGAUCCACACAGGGGAAAAGCCAUUUAAAUGCAUGGAGUGUGGAAAGACCUUUGCUCUGAACAGCAGACUUACUAUCCAUAAAAAGAUCCACACAGGAGAAAAAUCAUUUAAAUGCAUGGAGUGUGGAAAGACCUUUGCUCGAAGAGAUAAACUUAUUUCCCAUCAGGUGAUCCACACAGGGGAGAAGCCGUAUAAAUGCAUGGAGUGUGGAAAGACCUUUGCUCAAAGAGGUAAUCUUAUUUCCCAUCAGGUGAUCCACACAGGGGAGAAGCUGUAUAAAUGCAUGGAGUGUGGAAAGACCUUUGCUCAGAGAGGUAAUCUUCUUCGCCAUAAGAUGAUCCACACAGGGGAUAAGCCAUAUAAAUGCAUGGAGUGUGGAAAGACCUUUGCUCAGAAUAGUAAUCUUACUUCGCAUAAAAGGCUCCACGCUCGGGGAAAGGAGGCGGAGGAGGGAGAGACCAGCGUCCGGCCAUCCGCAGGAGGGAAGCAGGGAUUCCGGGGAGGGGGAUCCGGGGCUCCCUUCCCUGUGUCGGGGAAGAGCCCGAAGAUGGAGGGCUGGGUGAGGGAAUGUGGAGCAGAGACUAGCUCCCAAGCGGUGGCCCUGGCUGAAGGCUUCCUCCUGAGCCAGGUAGAGGAGCAGAAGGAGCAGGUCGACUUGCAGGGCUGCACUGUGGAAAUAAGAGAUCCUAAGGGAAAGAAGAAUCCAUUAAAUCCCCCUCAGGAGCUAUUUUUCAGGAGGAUCCCUUGUGAAGAUCAAAGCCAGGACACUUCAGGAGAGAAACAAAGCAUGAAGUUUUCUGGUUUUUACGAUGGAGCUCAAGCAGUGGUUGAACCUCCAAAUCAAGAGAGUCUUGUGUCCUUCGAGGAGGUGGCUGUGUAUUUCUCUGAGGAGGAAUGGUCUCAGCUGGAUCCUGACCAAAAAGCACUGCAUUCAAAAGUCAUGCUGGAAAACCAUAGGAACGUGGUCUCUCUGGGUAAUAAUGGGCAGGAGAAUCUAGACUCCUAUGAACUGUUCCAAGUGAUCAAUGCUAAAGAUGAAAUGGACAACUUUGGAAUUCAAAUGGAAUCAGAAAUCCAUGAGAGAAACCAGUCAAAUAAUUGGAAUCAGGAUAGCUCAUCUUCCACUGAUGCUCCAAUGCAAGAGAAAAUUAGGAAAGAAUAUAUUGGAAAAAGUAUGAAACAAAUAGUAUUAACCCAAAACAAAGGAGAAGAUACUAGAAGCCAGAACGGAAAGAAUUACAAUGGGACAUUGAUUCUUUCUCUUCAAAAUAUCUUCCUUACAUCUCAAAAAAUGAUUCACACAAAAAAGGAACCUUAUAAAUGUUUGGAAUCUGGAAAACAUUUCAGAUCAAGCAGGCAACUUACUUCCCAUGAAAGGAUUCACACUGCAAAGAAACAGUGUUCAGAAUCACCUGUAGCCCAUGCAGCCCAGUCCCUCCAAGCAGCAGGAGAGAAACCCUAUAAAUGCAUGGAGUGUGGGAAAGCCUUUACUCGUAGCAGGGAACUUACUCUCCACAAAAAGCUCCACACAGGAGAGAAACCAUAUAAAUAUAUGACGUCUGGAAAGACCUUUGCUCAGAGCAGUGGACUUACUAUGCAUAAAAAGAUCCACACAGGGAAAAAGCCAUAUAAAUGCAUGGAGUGUCGAAAGACCUUUGCUCGAAGAGAUAAUCUUAUUUCCCAUAAGAUGAUCCACAGAGCGGAGAAGCCGUAUAAAUGCAUGCAGUGUGGAAAGACGUUGGCUCGAAGAGGUCAACUUAUUUCCCAUAAGAUGAACCACACAGGGAAGAAGCCAUAUAAAUGCAUGGAGUGUGGUAAGACCUUUGAUCGAAGAGGUCAUCUUAUUUCCCAUCAGGUGAUCCACACAGGGGAGAAGCCGUUUAAAUGCACAGAGUGUGGGAAGACCUUUGCUCGAAGAGGUCAUCUUAUUUCCCAUAAGAUGAUCCACACAGGGGAGAAACCGUUUAAAUGCAUGGAGUGUGGAAAGACCUUUGCUCGAAGAGGUCAUCUUAUUUCCCAUAAGAUGAUCCACUCAGGGGAGAAGCCGUACAAAUGCAUAGAGUGUGGAAAGACCUUUGCUCAUAAUGCUGGUCUAAGAAUACAUAAUAGAAUCCACACAGGGGAAAAGCCAUUUAAAUGCAUGGAGUGUGGAAAGACCUUUAAUCAAAUAGGUAAUCUUAUUUCCCAUAAGAGGAUCCACACAGGGGAGAAGCCGUAUAAAUGCACGCAGUGUGGGAAAACCUUUACUCAAAAAAGUAAUCUUAUUUCCCAUAAGAGGAUCCACACAGGAGAGAAGCCGUAUAAAUGCAUGGAGUGCGGAGAAACCUUUACUCAUAAAAGUAGUCUUAUUUCCCAUCAGGUGAGCCACACAGGGGAGAAGCUGUUUAAAUGCAUGGAGUGUGGAAAGACCUUUGGUCAAAGAGGUAAUCUUAUUUCCCAUAAGAUGAUCCACACAGGGGAGAAGCCGUAUAAAUGCAUGGAAUGCGGAGAAACCUUUACUCAUAAAAGUAGUCUUAUUUCCCAUCAGGUGAUCCACACAGGGGAGAAGCCAUUUAAAUGCAUGGAGUGUGGAAAGACCUUUGUUCGAAGAUGUCAUCUUAUUUCCCAUAAGAUGAUCCACACAGGGGAAAAGCCAUAUCAGUGCAUGGAGUGUGGAAAGACCUUUGCUCAUAAUACUGAUCUAAGAAUACAUAAUAGAAUCCACUCAGGGGAAAAGCCAUUUAAAUGCAUGGAGUGUGGAAAGACCUUUGCUCAAAGAGGUCAUCUCAUUCGCCAUAAGAGGAUCCACAUGGGGAAGCCGUAUAAAUGCAUGGAGUGUGGAAAGACCUUUGCUCUAAGUAGUAGACUUACUAUCCAUGAAAAGAUCCAUACAGGGGAGAAGCCGUUUAAAUGCAUGGAGUGUGGAAGGACCUUUGCUCAGAAUGGUUAUCUUACUUCUCAUAAAAGGAUCUACACUCGGGAGAAAGUAUAUAGCAAUAGCAAUUCCACUUUAGACUUAUAUACCACUCCACAAUGCUUUACAGCACUAUCUGAGGAGUUCACAAAAUCAGCAUAUUGUCCCCAGCAAUCUGAGUCCUCAUUUUACCGACCUCAAAAGGUUAAAACGCUGACUCAGCAAUGAGCCCGUCAGGGUUGAACUCUUGGCUGUGGGCAAUUAGCUUCUAGUACUGCAUUCUAACCUCUACCCACCAUGUUUAUAGAUUUUUAUGUAUACGCAUAUUGUGCCUUUCUGAUCCAAAUGAGACAAGAUUGUAUCCAACAAAGUGAAAUUUAAUGUGGAGAAAAGUAAAGUAUUUCACCUGAGUGGGAAAAACAGAUUACAUGAAACCUGGCUCAAAUACAGUAACUCUGAGAGUGGCCUUGGAGUCCUAAUGGAUGAUCACUUAAAUAUGAGUCACCUGUGUGCGGCAGCAGCCAAAAAAGCUAAGACAAACCUUGGUUGUAUAAAUAGGCAUAGAAUCAAAAUCGCCUAUUAGUACCGUUUUUAUAAAGCCUUAGUAAGACCACACUUGGAAUACUGCAUCCAGUUUUGGACAUUACAUUACAAAAAGGAUGUUUAGUCUUUGGAAAAAGUGUAAAGAUCAGCUAAGAUGAUUAAAGGCCUGAAGACUAAAACAUGAAGAAUUGUUGCAGGAUUUGGAUUUGACUAGUCUAGAGAAAAGAAGGAUUAGGAGUGAUAGCAGUAUUCCAGGACUUGAGAGGCUUCCACAAAGAGGAGGGGGUCAAUUUAUUUUCCAAAGCACCAGUGGGCAUAACAAGAAACAAUGCCUGUGAACUAGUCAAGGAAAGAAGCAACCUGGAAUUAACAAUCUUCCUUAUAGUGAGGACAACCAGUGGAACAGCUUUCCCUCAAACAUUGUGGGUGCUUCAUAACUGGACGUUUUUAAGAAGAUAUUUGAUAGUCAUUUGUCUGAAAGGGUAUAAGACGGGUCAGCAACCUGCAAUUCUGGAGCUGCAUGUGGCUCUUUCACCCCUCUGCUGUGGCUCCUUGUCACUCAAAAUAUGCAUCACAACCACUAAUGUGCAACACUUUCCAGCACAUGAUUUAUUGAGCUUUUCAACUCCCGGUAGGCCAACCAUGGAUAAAUCCAGGAAAAGGAAAGUUUCAGAAGAAAACAGAAGGUUUAAUUCAACUACAUGUGUUAGUUUUGUAGCCGCUCAAGAAAUAGUCGGGCACGGAAAGGGUUCUGUGGCUCCCGGUGUUUUCUUUUCUGUGGAAAACGGGUGCAAAUGGCUCUUUGAGUGUUUAAGGUUGCAGACUCCUGGCAUAGGUUCUUCUGCUUGAGCAGGGGGCUGGACUAGAAGAGCUCCAAGUUCCCUUCCAGGUUGAUUUUGAUUCUGAAUCCUCAAACCUGCUUUUUCUGCUUUCUUCUUUCUUUUUCUAAGUAAAAGGUUUUGUUUUGUUUUUUGGGUUUUUUUUUGUUUUACAUUUAUACCCCGCCCUUCUCCGAAGACUCAGGGCGGCUUACAAUAUAUAAGGCAAUAGUCUCAUUCUAUUUGUAUUUUUUUUUUUUUUACAAAGUCAACUUAUUGCCCCCCCCAACAAUCUGGGUCCUCAUUUUACCUACCUUAUAAAGGGUGGAAGGCUGAGUCAACCUUGGGCCGGGCUCGAACCUGCAGUAAUUGCAGGCUCUGUCUUCUAAUAACAGGCUUCUCUACUGCCUGAGCUAUCCCGGCCCCUAUGUUUUAAAGGAAACAUAGACAUCAGUGGAGAUGAAGGUUAUAAUUUGGCCUGAAAGUGAUGUAUGGCUGCCAAUAUUUAAGUGGUGUAGAUUUCCCAAUCAUUUCAAGAAACUUCCUCUGAUGAGUAUAUCCACUAGAGCAAGUUGCAGUCAGAAAUGGAGAAGUCCUGAAUCCCUUACUAUUGUUUCAGCAUUUUUUCCUUUGCUUAAUAUUGUCAAAAUCUGCCUUUCCACCGUGCUUCCCAUUAUGUCUUGCAUGUGAUAACUGAGAAACAAAAUCAUAAGGAGAACGGGGUUAUAAUGGUGGCGAAUUAGAAAAUACAAUUCAUGGGCUCUUUGUCCUAAUUUUGUGGUGAUCUUUCCUUGCUUUUCCUCAUGUUUGCCAUCUCUGCCCUCACACAGUUGUGUGAAAAAAGUGUUGCUUGAACUCAGAAUAAUUCUAGCAUUCUGGAAAUAUGCAUACCUUUAUGCCUGUUCCAACGUUUGUCCACUCGUGGAGUUUUGAACCAAGUAGUUUUAUUAAGGGAAAGCAGUGGUAGGGAAAUGUGGGUGCAUAUUAAGUUCCCCUAGAUAUGGUUCUGACUUCCUCCCUCCCUUCCUCCCGCCCUUGUUUUGUUCCUUCCCUGCCUCCCACCUCCCUCCCUCCCUCCUUUCCUUGUCCCAAGUUAGGGAUACUCCAGAGAAUCAGAAUGAGAAUCACUCCAGUGUGCUAAGAUUACGAAUGAUCAAUCAAGCAGGGAUACCUUUGAAAGUCCUUGGGAUCCCGUGCCUCUGCCUGUGCUGCCCGCAGUAGUCCCAGUUGCUGCAAGCAAGCAGCGAGAAUGUCGAGAGCAAAAAGUGGGACUCGCCUAUUUGGGGCAAAUUUUAUCAAGCCGAUUGAUUCUGCAGAAGUUUCACUGCCUUUCAGGAAUGUAAUCCCACUUCUGAACCAACUGAUCUAUCGCUCUAUCUAUCAUUUAUUAACCUGAGCUAUUGCCCCCAACAAUCUGAGUCCUCAUUUUACAGACCUCAGAAAGAAGGAUGGAAGGCUGAAUAAACCUUGAGCUGCUGAUACCUGAACUACAAACUGCUGGCAGCGGGUGAUCAGCAGAAGUAGCCUGCCGUACUGCACUCUUAACAACUGCGUCACCAUGGCUUUUAUAUAUACCAGUCCACAAAGCUUUAUUGCAAUCUUUGAGCAGUUUACAAAGUCAGCAUAUUGACCUCAGCAAUCUGGUCCUCAUUUUACCAAACGGAAACAUUAAAGGCUGAAGCUGGUCAGAUCGAACUCAGCUUUAAGCUUUUCCUCCAUUUUGGAACUAUUUUUCUUUUUUCUUUCUCUUCAGAGCCUUUCCGCGGGCACAAGAGAUGGGUCACCUGGGGUGUUCAUCAGAAUUGGCUGGAGGGGUCUCUGCCCUUUCUGCUUCCCUCCUUCAAUGUGCGGCUGAGGGAAUAAUUUGGGAACGGCGCCUGUAUGUAUUCAAUUGAAGAAAUAAAAAACAAAUGUAUGAAAACCAUUUUCCUGAUUGUGGCUUCCCUGCCUGUGUCCCACCUUUCUCCACUUAAGACCAGACUUCACAACAACCGCAAGACACAAGUUGUGCUUCCCAGAGAGCCUCCUGGUCCUUCUCUUCUGACCGCCUGACCGUUUCUGAUAAGAUUUGGACCAGUGAUGGGUUACUACCAAUUUGCCCUGGAGACUCUGCCCACGUGCCCGGGCGCUUCUGCACAUGCGCGCACAUGCUCAAGAGGAAACCUGUAGCGACGGGUUUUGAAACGCACCCAUGAUAUGGACACUUCUGAGGCGUCCUCCAAUCUCUGCUCAGCCUUCAGGGCAGCUGAUCUUGAGAGAGUUGAGUUCAAAUCCUCCAGGGAGAUUUUUCUCCAUCACCACAAACAUGCUUAUACCUCCUUAUACUUUCUCAUAGAUGUGUUUAUAUACUAUAUAAUCUUUUUGUAUGAUACCUACAUAUAUUGUUGUGACAAAAUAAAUAAAUAAAUAAGACGGCGAGGGGACUUUCCUUCUACUCCUAUAACCAUCAUCCCUGCCCUUCCCUCAGAGACACUCCUCUUUCCCGCGCUUUGCAGGGAAUCCUGUAAAUUUACGCGGGAUCCACUAGGGGGCGCCUUCUGCCAAGAGAAGGGAAAAUCAGGGACUUCCCCAUUGGCCCACCGGAGGACGAAAGACACGCCUACCUUUGGAGAGGAGGCUGUGAAGGAAAUGACAUCAUAGAGCCUUGCCCCUCUAGGACCUUGCACUCGCUCUCCUUAACCCCUGGGGCUCCGCGGAGGCGGAGAGGCUGCGGGAGAGUCUGGCGGGGAAGAUCCUGAUGACCCUCAUCUGAGCCGGAUACAGAAACUGGAAGCCAUUUGAAAUCCUUGCAAGCCAAAAGUUUCUCGUGGAAUAAAAAAAAAGAGCGAAAUAACUUGGAGGGAUCAGAGUCCUGAGGCACCAGAAAUGCUCCCGUGAAGGAAAAGGCAUCUGGAGACCCAGAAGAGUCCUUGGAGCCAUUUGGAGUUGCUCUGCAGGAGAG